UACCCAGAAAUCUUGGCUUCCCUUCUUUUUGUUUUUUGCUUCAAUCUCUCCAGUUCCUCCUCCCAACUCUAAAGAUUCUUUCUUAGCCCUCUUUUUUUAUUUCUGAUCUCUCCAGGACAGAGUUCUCAUAAUCACUCUCACAGCUUUGACUGUCAACUAACUCUACAGAAAGGUAAGGAACUCUUUCUAGCCCUAAUAAUCCAAGUAUUUGGCUUACCUCAAAUUCAACUCUAGAAGAUCAACCCUUAAAAUCCGGUAAAUUUCCUUGCUAUUUAUUUUUCUGAUGAUGUCACCAUCAUCUCAGUCCCCCACGCUUUGACUCUUCUGUUUGCCCUUGUUCUCUCAGAUCACAAGCACUAGUAAAUGCUAUCAAUCUUUCCUUGCAACAACUUGGUCCUUUCCUAGUGAUACUGCCUUCAAGCUUCAGAUUCUUAUAUCAAUUGCAAAUCUUCUAAAUGCUGGUCUUUCCAGCCAGAAGCUCCUCCAACAGACAAGGCAGACUACCACCUACAUGCUCCAAUCACGUCUUUAUCUUCCAGGGUUUUCUAAACAAAGUCCAAAAUGACACAGCUUUAACACUGGAUUCUAAAAUGCAUGUAUAUUUCUAUCUCGCUAUUGCCCCAAAUAAACGCUACACUUUAGCCAAUUUGGCUGUACUUUUUAAACUGUCAGCAUUUCGUCCACUUCAACACCUUUGAUUAGUUUUUUUCUCUCUCUUGCUCUCUCCUUCUUAUAUUGUUCCCUCUCAUUUCUGGAUAUCAGAAUUUUGCCCUUACCUUGGGAUCCAGCUCAAAGGCUAAAUCCUUCAUGAUCCCUUACCUGGUUAUCCUAAAGUAAUCUUUAUCUCUUGUACUUCAGUAAUAUUUUUUAUAUUGUGACUCAGAUCAUAGCUACUAUCAUAUUUCUUUCUAACUCUUAAAGGGAAGAGUGAGAACACUAACGUUUACAGAAAAUGUACAAGAAGUCCAGCUUAUUCUUCACAAAAAGUAAAUCACAUUUUCUUGCUCUUAUUUGCAGGUGAGCAGAGUUCAAAACGUCCCUGAUAAUUAAUAUGAGGGCUAGAAUUCAAGCUCAGCUUUCAUUACUAAAAGCUAACUCCUUUCCCAGUGCUUGCCACUCCACCACAAAGGGUCAUUUAUCUAUCACUCACUACGUGGUAGACAGAGGUUUAUGCUAAGUUUGGGAGCGGGGGGAGACAGAAGUUAAUAAAUCAAACACAAUUCUUGUCUCCACAGUAUCUGAUCUAGCUUACAGAGCUCUCGGCUGACUGAAAAUUAAGUCCAACAACUUGUGUUCACCUUCUUUUGAAUAAAAACCAUCAACUCAUAUGAGUUCUUAGUUUUCUUCUAAACUCCAACAUGUUAGGAGGAAGUGGUCAUGUUCUAGUUUUGCAAUCCCAAAGCAGGGGAAACCUAACUUCUUAUGUGCCUGGCACGUUAACACUUUGUCGAAUAUACGUAAAGGUCAUACAGUCUACUCCAGUUUUCGUUACCCCUUGAGAGUUAAAGAUCAAACAAGGCAAAAUCAUAGUCCCAAAGGAGAGCAACUUUUAAACGACCGCAUAACAAGGUUCAGGAUCCCUAAAUGACCGCAGCUCAUUAUGGCAGAAUGCGGAAUUCUGGAAGGGAUUCGCUGGAAUUCAUCACUGGAAGGGAUAUACUCGAGAGCGAGAAACAACUUUAGGGAAAAAGUACUAUCCUCCAACGACAACAAAAAAUGGAGUAACUGGAAAACCAAACACUGUAACUGAGUUCCCGUAAGUCGCUUCCUGUGAGCCAGUUAAGAGCUCAGAAGUCCGCCCUGUUGCUCAGCCCGCAGCCUCCAAGACUGCGGCCACGUGCACGAGGGUUAAAUGUAAACGCGGUAGCGGGUCCCGCCGGGAGACAUGGGACCGAGCUCCCGAAACACCCCUGCAACUCGGAAACCCGCAGAGCCAUCAUGUGGUGUUUCGUGACCCCGCAGGAGCGGGUGUUGGCACCUGGAGCAUCCCUCGGGGCCGAAUGCGCCGUGGACCAUGCCCCUCCUAACCCAGCAGAUCCCAGAUGAGAACGAUUACAGCUUAGUGGCCAGCCUUGACAACGUCAGGAAUCUCUCCACUAUCUUGAAGGCCAUUCAUUUCCGAGAACAUGCCACAUGUUUCGCUACUAAAAAUGGAAUCAAGGUUACAGUGGAAAACGCCAAGUGUGUGCAAGCAAAUGCUUUUAUUCAGGCUGGAAUAUUUCAAGAGUUUAGAGUUCAAGAAGAGUCUGUUACUUUUCGAAUUAAUUUAACCAUCCUUUUAGACUGUUUAUCUAUUUUUGGAUCAAGCCCUAUGCCAGGGACUUUAACUGCACUUAGGAUGUGUUACCAAGGUUAUGGUUACCCUUUGAUGCUAUUUCUGGAAGAAGGAGGAGUGGUGACAGUCUGUAAAAUCAAUACUCAGGAGCCCGAGGAGACUCUGGAUUUUGAUUUCUGCAGCACCAAUGUCAUUAAUAAAAUUAUUCUGCAGUCAGAGGGACUCCGUGAAGCAUUUUCCGAAUUGGAUAUGACAAGUGAGGUCCUACAGAUCACCAUGUCUCCAGAUAAACCUUAUUUCAGGUUAUCUACUUUUGGGAAUGCAGGAAGCUCCCACCUUGACUAUCCCAAAGAUUCUGAUUUGAUGGAAUCAUUUCAAUGUAAUCAGACCCAGGUCAACAGAUACAAGAUUUCUUUACUGAAACCCUCUACAAAGGCAUUAGUCCUAUCUUGUAAGGUAUCUAUUCGAACAGAUAACCGAGGAUUCCUCUCAUUACAGUAUAUGAUUAGAAAUGAAGAUGGACAAAUAUGUUUUGUGGAAUAUUACUGCUGUCCUGAUGAAGAAGUUCCUGAAUCUUAGUCUUAAGUGUGGCAAUCCACUGUGCUAUUUAUGUACACAUUCAUGAUUGGUCAUGUUCUCAUUCUGAGUGUAGCACUCUUCGUGAUUUCUUAUCGGAUUUUCUAAGGGGAGGAAGCAUGGAAGAGAUAGGAGCUAAGUCCCUGCCCCCUAAUAGUUGCUGUAUAUAUAUAUAUAUAUUUUUUUUUUUUUUGUGGUAUGCGGGCCUCCCUCUGUUGUGGCCUCUCCCAUUGCGGAGCACAGGCUCCGGACGCGCAGGCUCAGCGGCCAUGGCCCACGGGCCCAGCCGCUCCGCGGCAUGUGGGAUCCUCCCAGACCGGGGCGCGAACCCGGUUCCCCUGCAUCGGCAGGCGGACGCGCAACCACUGCGCCACCAGGGAAGCCCUGCUGUAUAUUUUAUAAGUAAUGUUUUCACGUAGUCACAGAUUAUCCAGUACUGGACUAGCCUGUGGUUCUGUCUUUUGAACUCAUGGGAAUAGUUAUGAGCCAAGAUGAGUAAGUUUUAUGUUUUAUUCUACUUAAGCAGGACAUUCCAAGAGUCUAAAAAUUUAAAGUUUGGUGUAGCCAUAUCUGAAAUGUUCUUUUAUUUAUUUACUGUUAGAAAAAGUAAUGGCAUAGGGGCAUCGCUCCCUAGUUGGAAUUCUGGAUAAUCUGUCUUAAAGCAAUGGUUCUCAGAGUGUUGUGCCUAGAUCACCUGAAAACUUGUCAGUAACUCUGGGGGUGGGCCAGCAAUCUGUAGUUUAAAAAGCUUCCCCCCAGGAGAUUCUGACAAGUGCUCAAGUUUGAGAACCACUGUUUUAAACGAUACUUUUUUAAAAAUAGUCUUUAAUUGCAUUGAAGUGACUGCUUUUAACUGUGAUUUCUUCACAAAUGUUCUGAAGUUUAGGCUUCGUCAGACAAGUCUGAAUAAUUACAUGAUUUAUUUUUCAAGUGUACAUUUUGAAGGCACCUGUGAACAGGCUAUAAAACAGUCUUCAGAGUUACAGAUUUUCAUCUUGUUCUGAAAACUGUUCAGUGUAGUUAGUACUUAUUAGAUACCUUCUAUUUGCCUAUAAGAGUUUCUCAAUCAAACCAAGGUGUACAAAACCAUUUAUUAAGUGAUUUUAUACUUUCUUAGGUAGUUUUCAAUGAAAUAAUUUUUGUGGUAUGUAGGUUAAGAAAAUAUAACACUAAAUUAUCUAACUUGUUUUCUAUUAGAAAAAGUAUAUAACUAAAAUGAAGUUUCUGCACCGUGUGACAACAGCUCAGUGUCUCUCAGUGGCCAGGCACUUUUGGCCUUUGGAGAGUAUUUCAGCAAAGCACUUCAGGGAAAAGCUCCUCCAGAACAUUAUGUAGGCACUGCUUCCAGGCACGUGUACAAUUUGUGCAAUUCUGGGUGUCUAGUCCAGGGUGAGUACCUGAUAACUAAUAAAUCUUCCAGGCAAUCUCAGGGUGCCCAGCUGGUACAAAAGAAGUUGGAGUUUUGUAAAGUAUAGUAUAUGUUUGAGGAGGAAAUGAUUAAAUCUACUAAAUGUCCAAAUAUUUUUUUGUCUGGAUAAACACAAGAUCAAACCAAGUCUAAAACAUAAUUAUGAAAAUAUUUAAUCAGUAAACAUUUCAAGGACUACAGUUUUCCUUUAAAUUUAAAAUAGGGCGGUUGUUUUUUUUUUCAUUCGCAUGUCUAGUACCUAGAACAGUACCUAGGAUGCAAUAAUAUUUGUUAGGUGAAAGAACCUCCACUUUCAGAUUAUUAGUCACUAUUUAAUUCCAUUAUUUACGUUUGAAUUUAUUUUGACCUAAUGUAUUUUUUUCAAGUUGAACCUAUAAAGAAUUUAAAACAUGUAUCGACUUAAUAAGACUUUUUUGCACAUUUAAGACUAUAAUUUUAGCUGCAUGUAUCUUGAGUUAUUUAGAAUUCAGAAACUAAUGAAUUUAAUUCUUUCUAAAUCACCCUGACAUCAAGGUGUGACUUAAUAAAGAAUUUUCUUUUUAUGCGUGCUCUAUUUGUCUAGUUUAACUUUGUUAAAGUUCCUAUGAAAAACCACUAGGGGGAGCACUUCCUCAGGCAGAGCAGGAUGCUUUGGUGACUACAAAUUCAGUUCUUGUGUCACAUAUAGAAGACUAUAAUCUUAUUUUUAAGAUUAUCUUUGCCUUUUUGAAGUUUAUCUUAUAUUCUUUCCAGUAAAAUUGUGCUUACCAGGAAUAGGUAGGUAAUAUUUUUUCCGUUUUUUAAUUCGUUUAUUCCCUACUUGAUGAUGAUGUGUUUCCACCUAGAAUGAAUGAUUCAAAACAAUAAAAAUAAAAUGAUUUGUUAAAUUCUAUUGUUCUAAUAAAAAUAAGUCAUGUAACAUAAUCAUUUUUACAAGAAGCCACAGAAUUUCUGUGGUGCUAUCGAGUAGUCCGGCUAAGAAUUAGUUACAGUUGCUGAAAGGGCAGCAUUUGGCAUUCCCUAUAGCUUAGGGUGAGGGGUUUUCAGAACAGUGUAGACUCCCUUCUCCCCUUCCUGUCUUCACACUGCUGGCCCUUGUCCCCACGUGAAACAAAAGCUGUUGGGUCCUGAGAAAUUAGGGAAAUUGUAUAGUAUUUUCUUUUCCCAAGUAUGUAUCAGUAGUGUUUUUAUACACGUCAGGUUACGUGCACCCCUGCGCCAGGCAGUUGGCAGCUCUACCGUGGAUUUCUCACUCCAGCAGUGGACAGCUCGUGCUCUAAUCAGAAAUGCCACAGGCGGCUGUUACAGGUGUUACUGGCAUCCAUAUCUUAGUCACAGCCAGAAGUUUCGGUAAUUAGCAGAGUAAAUGUUUGAAGUAGGUUUUCUUUUGGAAAUUAAUAGCUCAUUGAUCAGUAUAAUAGCUAAUAGUAGUGGCUCUCAUUGGUAAAACUAGAGGUAUUCAGGAUAUGUGAACUAAAUUAUUUCAGAGUAGUUCCCCGUCCUUGCAUGGAAAGGAUACAAGAAUCUAGUGAGGCCUGUAGCCUGUACCCUUAGGCCUGGUGUAUAAGGCUUGACUCCCCUAAAUGGUCUUACUUCCUGCCAUUUUGUCCAGAGAUUUCCGGUUGCUUGUUGCUGAAUGGAUUAGGACAGUCCCAUCUCUGGAAUAUUGUCAGGUUUGCCUUAAGUGGACCUUUCAUGGAAAGUGGUGGGUAAACUGCCGAAACAGAGAAGUGAGGCUUCACUGAGCUUAUGAGACAGGUUGCAUAAACUCUUUGCAUGCUUGCUAAUGAACGUUUAUUAAAAUUUGUAUGUGGGACAGUUGAUCGGGGCUUGAUUUUUUUUUUCCUGCCUUAUCUACCUCAAAUUUCAGUGGCCAGUAGCUAAUUUAAAAGAAUGUAAAAGUUGUAUAUGACCUUAUUGACUAGGUCAGCUAGAAGCAUCAGGUGUUUGAUUGGACUGUUAUCCAGAUUGCUGCUUCCCACUGAAUGACUUUAGAAAGUAGUUUAGUUCUCAUCUACAGUCUGCCAAGAGUGAAACUUUGUAGUAAGUUGUGUUGUGCUGAGCAUUUCCAAUGUAGUUUCUUAAAACUUAGGGAUUGCACAAAGUAGUAAAAUUUUAAAACUUUUGGAACCAAAAUAGGUGACAACUUUCUAUUUUGUCAGAUAUGAGGAUAUUAUAACUACCAUUCAUUAUUACUACCAUUUCAUAAAACAUUUUAAAGUCAAAAUCUCAGAGAGUGGACAGUUAGCAAUUUUAUACUGUCAAUAAAGAAAAACUGGAAAUAUUAAAAAUAAUUUCAAAUGAAACAAGAGGGUUACACCAUAACAUUUUAUUUUACAGUGCUAUACUUUGUGCUCUUGUUUUCUGGAUAUAGGUUUGUCAGUUUGGAGAUGUUAAGACUUUGGGGUCUCACAAAAUAGUAAAAUUUUAAAAAUUUUAGUGCCACCCAAAAAUGGAGUCUGAAUAGCCACUUCUUUCUGAUAAUUUUGUUUUUAUCACAGUUAAUGUUGAAAAUCCAUUUUCAACUGGAUAUGUGAAAAUGGAAGCAACUCUUCUGAGGCUGCCUUAGUCUAUUCAGAGUAUUCUGGGCAAGAACAGCAGCAGUCCCAUCUCCAGACAGGGCUAAAAUCUGCAGUGACCGACUGGGUGACCAGUUCAUAAGCACUGCAGAGAAGGUCAAUGGAAUAUAGGUGCCUUCAGCCAGGGCCACAGCCUGAGACCUCAGUCCUGAGUGCCAAGCUUAAAGCAUUCUGGGAAUCAGCUGAGGGAGAGCGGCAGCAGCCAAGAAGGAGGAAGCCUAGCAGUCCAAGGACAAGCCACUGGAUUAAGUAACUGGUGUAUGUGUGCUCCUGCCACAGCAGAACACUGCUCGCUGCUAAUACCUUGGGUACUGGCUGAUUAUUAGGAUUUACACACUGGACAAAUGACUGAAAUGAAAAAAUACUUUCUCAAAUGAAGAACCAAGAUGUGGCUCUAGAAGCACUGAGUGAGUGAUAGAGAUGUUGUCAGAGACAAAUUCGGAUCCCCAAAGACACAGGUGUUUGAGCUCUGUUAAAUCAGCUCAGGUAACUGAGGAGCGAUGAAAAGGGAAAAAUAAAAGCUUUUUAUAAUAUAAACUUGAAUCUGACUUCUUCUUUGUCCCUGGGUACACAAAGGAAUAUGAUUCGAGAUAGCCUGUUUCCUAGAUAUACACUUGUUCAGGGGCUCAGGAUUUUUUUUAACCACCUUGGUGAGCAUUCCUUUCCUAAAAUGAGCCUUUUUAAUCCAGUUUGGCGGGGGCAGUUUAGUGGGAUGGAAAGAGUAAUCAUCUGUGAUUCAGGAAGUCUGCUUUAUAAUCACCAGAUUGACCUUGAACAAAUCAAU